AAGAGAUUUGAUAGUGCAGGGAGCUUGUUUACAUGGUCUUGGAAAAUUUUCGAUACGAGUAAAAAUGACGAGAUCGUGUAUUUUAAGGAACUGCCUUUCCAAGAGAAACCCUAAAAAUUAUAGUUUUUACCAGUUUCCGGCCGAAUACCACAACCUGUACCUGAACAAUUUGAGUGCCAAACGAAGAAAACUAUGGAUUGAUGUCCUCCAGCUGCAGGAAAACUUUCGGUGGAGGUUUAAAUAUGUUUGUUCUCUACAUUUUUGUUCCGGAAAACCGGCGAAAACCACCGAUGUUAAUGAUGAUGAUUGGAUCCCUUCGAGAAACUUACCCCCACUAGAUGACGUCCGUAGUACAACUUCCGACUCAAGUACAGACUCAGCUGAAGAGACCGAUAGCCAUCCGGAUCAUCAGUAUUUCCGCAAGCCCCCGAUGGAGUUGUGUCGAACCUGCAUGAACGUGCGGGGUGAUGCCACCGUUGGAGACGAUUUUAUCUCAAUAUUUUCCGUGGUCGAUGACAAUGUUUACGUCGCUGAGUGCCUAUCGCAGUGGGUUGGAGUUUCGAUUGAGGAAGAUGAUGGGUUACCACAGGAAAUAUGUUUACCCUGUGUGGAAGCAAUAAAGUCCAUAGCGCUGUUUGUUGAGAAUACUAAGGAAUGUGAUCGGAAGCUACGGCAUAAACUGGGACCAGAUAUCAAGGUGAUCAAAACCGAAAUAUCUCCCAUUGUUGAAGAUGUAGAUUACAUCAUCGAAGAUGAUAUGGCGAACGAGAAUCUUCAAUAUGCCAUGCUAGAAGAGCAAACCGAACCGAUUCAAAUAGACUUCGAAAAUGAAGAGUCUACCGAGGAACAGCCUCAGCCAUCCGACUGUGGAGAAGCUAAUUCAGAUUCGGAUGAAUCGUGCAGCAGUAGCACAGCAAAACAGUCGGCAAAAAAGCAACCUAGACAGAGAAAAUCACGCAAAAGAAAAACUUCGUUGAAAAGCGAAGCUUCAUUUCUGGACGAUAAUGAAGACGAACUUGAUGAGAAAGAGCUGGAAAGAGUCGACGUUAUCGAUGUGGGAGAGAAAAUCAUUUGCUGCGGCUGCUUUCAGCUGUUUGAUACCGCUGAGGAGUUGGAGUAUCAUGGCGAAACAUUCCAUCAAGUGGCAAAGAGGAAAAAAUACACGGUCAAUCUUAACAAGCCCGUGGUUUGUAAGUUUUGCUACAAACGGUUUGAGCGGAAAAAGCUCUGUGAAAAUCAUCGUAAACCGUACGAGUCAAUCGAGAAGGUCUACAAGUGUAAACUGUGCCAGAAACGAUUCGUCAAUCCGCAGUUGAGACGGAAACAUGCACACAAUCAUACUGAGAUGGAUAUGCCGAUGCCCUUGUAUUUCACGGUACCAGUCGAGAAAUUAAUAAAACACGGUUUCAUGUGCUGCGUACGAGGUUGUACAGUCUCACGAAAAACCGAGGAUGAUCUUUUCCGGCACAUUAGGGAUGAUCAUCCGAAGCUCAAAACCGACAUCACUGCGGACGUAACCGUUAAGCCGAUUCAGUGUGUUUUCUGCUUCCGGUAUUUCGAGUCAAUGGAAAAGUUGACCGGUCAUCAAGUGCAUCGAUAUUUCAACAUAAACGGAAGUAGCCAUUAUCAGUGCAGCAAGUGUGGUAAGAUCUGUCAAUCUUCGGAACAUCUAACAGCUCACGAAAAUCGCCAUACGGGAAAUAAACCGUUCGAGUGUGACAUUUGCCACAAAGGUUACUAUAGUAACGCAGUUAUGAGGCAGCACAGGUUGACUCACACCCUGGAAAAGCAUCUAGAAUGUAAGAUAUGUGGCAUGACUUUCCGGAUGAAAUCAUUCCUCGAAAACCACUACCGCAUUCACAGUGACGAAAAACCGUUCGAGUGCAACGUUUGUCACAAACACUUCCGGCACUCGUCGUCGCUGUUUUCCCACAAAAAGAUCCACGAUCCGGACAGCUACGUGAAGUGUCCUGAGUGUGGCAAGGCUUUCGCCGACGGUACGAAUCUCAAACGGCACAUGGUUUCCCACACGGGCGUCAAACCGUACGGUUGUGAUUACUGCGAGAAGCGCUUUAUGCGGCUGACCGAGCGGGCCGAACACCUAAGUGUUGUUCAUCAAGGAGUUAUGCCGUACAGCUGCGAUGUCUGCGGUAUCACGUUCACCAAUAAGCGCUCUUUCCAGAAGCACGAGCAUACUUUAUAACGGGCGAAUUUUAAAAUGAAUCUUAAAGCAUUAUAGUUUUAUUUAGAAGGUUAGAA